AGAUUAUGCCAUGAUGCCAUCAAAAUAAAUCCAGGCCCUCCUGCACUUUACUGCCUGAGGACAGAAAGAACAUACAUUGAUGAGAAUCAUAAAAAUAUUCGACGAUGGACAUUUGGACAAAAAGACAAUGCCAAGCAGAAUAAAAUCAUACUGAUGGUGGGAAAGACUGGCUCUGGGAAAACAACACUUAUCAACACCCUGAUCAACCACUUACUGGGAGUGAAGUUUGAGGAUGAAAUAUGGUAUGAAAUCACAGAAGAAAAUAAAGAAAAAGCUCACAUAUCCCAGACCUCUGAGAUCACAGUUUAUGAGGUAUUUAUUGAAGAAAAGCCAACAUCUCUGACCAUCAUCGACACUCCAGGUUAUGGAAACACUAAAGGAAUCGAGAAAGAUGCAGAGAUUGCAGAAUAUCUGAGAAGGUUAUUUUCAGAUGAGGAUGGGAUUCACUAUAUUGAUGCAGUGUGUUUUGUGAUGAAGGCGUCUGAGAAUCGACUUACUGGAGAAGAGCUUUAUAUAUUUCACUCAGUUCUGUCUCUGUUUGGUAAAGAUAUAGAGAACAACAUAGUGUUUCUGCUCACUCAUUCAGACGGACUACCACCAACAGAUGCUCUCAAUGCCAUUGAAAAAGCUGACAUACCCUGCAGAAGAGAUGAAGACAAUGAACCAGUUUAUUUCUUAUUCAACAACCGACAGAAAGAGAAGAGAGACAAACAUCAUAAACAUGCUUACAGAUCAGCCUGGGAAAUGGGGGAGAGGAGCAUGCAUGAGUUCUUUAAGAUCCUGGAAGAGAAGAACAGAAAAAGUGUUCAGAUGACAUUAGAUGUUCUGAAGGAGAGAACAAGACUUGAUGCUUGUGUCUAUAAUUUGAGGGAGAGGAUCACUGAGAAGGAGAAAACAAUGAAAGAACUAAGUCAGAUUCAGGAAGCCCUCAGACAGAACAGAGACAAGAUCAAAAACUGUGAAAACUUUGUUAUUACAGUGGAGAAAGGUGUCAAAGAAAAAGUCCUCAUUGAAAAUGAAUGGUGGUGGAACAGCAAUGCAACCUGCUGCUCUGUCUGCGAGGAAAACUGCCAUGUGUGGAGUUGCUGGUGUGCAAAUGAUCCCUCAAAAUGUGAAGUUAUGGUAAAAGGCUUCUGCACUGUGUGUACAGGGAAGUGUCAUCACAGCAAACAUGUUAAAGAGAAUAAAAAAUAUGAGAUCAGGCUUAAAAAAAUUGAAAUGACAUUUGAUGCCCUUAAAAAAGCAUAUGGAGACACCAGUGACCCACCAAAAACCAGCUUUGACAAAAACGUGUUUGAAAAUACUAAAAAGGAACAUGAAAGUAACAUUAAAGAGUCUGAGGAUAAAUCAAGAACUGAAGAAUGUCUGACCAGGGAUCUGGAGAAAAUUGAAUCACAGAAGUCGAUCCUUGUUCAUGAAACCUAUACAAUCAUCAUAAGUCUGUGUAAGAUUGCACUAAAAGCAGACAGCGCUUCCACUCUUCAGCAUCUGGAUUUCCUGAUUCCCAGACUGAAGGAGGAAAAGGGGAAAGAGGAAUGGGUGAAGAAGCUGGAGGAUCUGAAAAAAGCUGGAGAAGAGCAGAAAAAUAAUGGAGCUGUACGCCAUGUAAUGAACAAGUUCUUAGCUAGUUUCGGUUUGUCAACUUGUCAAACUGAAUAAAUUCAACCAAUUUUAACACACCAAAUGACAGAGCACAUGCAUUUACAUUAUACAAAUAUUCACCACAACAAAAGCUUUUCAUUAAGUUUUUGGUUGAUACUUCAUUUACCUAAAUAAAAAGAAAAAUGCUAAGAGUUACUCUUACUCUCCGAGUUAGCUACUGUUGACAACUGUUGAUGAGUGUAAACAUCUGAAUCAGUUUCAAACAACCUUUUUGCUGCAAUCAGUAAAAUUGGAGAAACACAGCAGCCAUUUCAAGAUAAAUUAAUGUAGAUUGAGAUUGCUGUGGAAGAUUAAAGAAUAAAUGAGUGGGAUUUAUAAUUGAUUGGAUACAGUGAAUGAUUAAUUACCUAUGAUGGGAACAGAGACUAAGAUGCCUUGAAACAGGGUGAAUUAAUUUAAAUCCUAUCAAAGACACUGGAAUGUUAAUCCCGGAACAUGACAACAUGGACAUCAAGAUGACAAUGAGUGAUGUUCUAUCACGCUUUUCACCUACUAUUGCAGAAGCUUUGCAAAAAUCAAUCCAAGUUUAUUUGUAUAGUGCUUUUCACAAUAAUAUUAUUGUUCCGAAGUAGCUUUACUAAAAUGUGCACAUUAUGUGUGUUUCGA